CGCACUGAUUGUAGUGCGGGAGGAGAGUGGGAGCGCGCACCCGGAGACCAGGCCUCCCCGCUGUCGGUCGCUAGGGGACGGAGGGGGCUCUUUUUGCCUGUUCGACCCUCUGGAAUUUUGCAAACAUGAUGGGAGAUGACAUGGAAACAAAUUCUUUUUGUGGUAUCCAGACAUACCAAACAGAAGGGAUAAACGACUGGUCUUUAAGCAAUAAGGUAGUAACUGUAACACCCUCCAGACCAGAAAUGCCUUUUCAAGUCAGAGGGCAAAAGGGAAGAAUCCUUACCUCUGAAGAAGCCGAGAAGCUCAUGAAAGAUCAGACCUUAGUGUCCAAUUUUAAGCAAAAGAAGCUUGAAAGUGAUGCACAGAAGAACUGGGAUUUAUUUUACAAAAGGAAUAGCACAAACUUUUUCAAAGAUAGACAUUGGACAACCAGGGAAUUUGAAGAAUUGAAAGCAUGUAGAGAGUUUGAGAAUCAAAAACUAAUUGUCUUGGAAGCUGGCUGUGGAGUUGGGAACUGCUUAUUCCCUCUUUUAGAGGACGAUCUAAAUGUCUUCAUUUAUGCGUGUGAUUUCUCUCCCCGAGCGAUAGAAUUUGUGAAGCAAAAUCACUUGUACCAUACUGAACGAUGUAAAGCCUUUCGGUGUGAUCUAACGAAGGACAGUUUACUAGAGAAUAUACCAGCAGACUCUGUGGAUGUUGUAACAUUGAUCUUCGUGCUUUCUGCUAUUCAUCCUGACAAGAUGCAACUAGCAUUAGAAAAAAAUAUCUAUAAAAAUUUUUAA